UGCUGUGUUGGCCUCGUCUGACUGAAGCUGAAUCGAUGCUGGUAGGAUGACGUCAUGGUCGUUGUUUCGAAUGUCGGGAGCUAGCGCUGGGUAGGAGGCCGCGCGCUCUGCUUGGGGACACAACUUGUUACAAACCUGAAGCCCAAGGUCGUCGACAGCCCCCGGUACCUUGAUAUCCAGGAAUAUCCUCUCCCAUCCCCCUUACCCCCUCUGUCAGAGCAUGGCUCAGGAGACCAAUCAGACGCAGGUGCCAAUGCUUUGCACUAUGGGAUGUGGUUUCUAUGGUAACCCCCGCACCAACGGCAUGUGCUCGGUCUGCUACAAGGAACACCUGCAGAGACAACAGGGAGGGGGGCGAUCCAGCCCCCCGGGAGAGAAAGCUGCUACGUCACCGGCAGGAUCACCAGGGUCCUCUGGUGUGACUGUGGAGAGUGCACCCUCAGAACCAAGUACAGAGGUGGCGGGGACCCCACCUGAGGAACAAACGACCAGUCCCAGCUCUCCCAGUCCAGUAACUCAACAGAUGACAGCUAUGAGCAUCUCCCAGGAUUCAGGAGCUGUAGACUCUGAUCGAGCGGAGGCUGAGGAGGGAGAAGAGGAGGGUACUUCCAACAGCACAGAGCCAGUGGGGGAAGCAGCACAGGCUUUGUCCGAUAAUGACCAAACUCCUGAUAAAAACAAGAAAAAGAACCGCUGCUUUUCUUGCCGGAAGAAAGUGGGCCUUACUGGUUUUGACUGUCGCUGCGGCAACCUGUUCUGUGCCAUCCACCGUUACUCUGACAAACACGACUGUCCCUACGAUUACCGGAGUGCAGCUGCUGCCCGCAUACGCAAGGAGAACCCCAUCGUGGUGGCUGAGAAAAUUCAGAAGUUAUGAGGACUGAGUGCAAAAAAGAAAAAAAAGUCUCUGACUUUGUGAAUUUGAACAAUGGCGACUUGGAUGAAAACACCUGAUAUCAUGGCUUCAUUUGUUCAUGGUAGUCUAAGGCGGGCGGGACGGGGCGGGGAUGGGGGUGGUGAGGUUGCAGCCGCUGUCCAGACGCUUCCCUUACUAGCAUCUCCCUCUCUCUCCACUAGUGACUGCGGCUGAACCUGAGUGUUUCUGUGCGUGCGUGUGUGUUUGUAUGAAAGCGUGUGUGUGUGUGUGUGCACAUUUGCUUGAGAGUCAGGGGGGAGAGAGCUGAGGGGUUUGGUGGACAUUGGCGUUGCUGUGGGGAGGGAAGGCAUUUGAUUUUUUUACCCCUUUUUGUUUCUCAACUUGGGGGGAUCGUGUGAGUUUAUUUUUCUACAAUCCCUGUGAGGAGUAGUUGAAAUGAGACAGGGGUAAGCUGUUAAGGAAUGUGUCACAGCCUGGGUAAUGACACAGAGCUCAAUUAAGGUCUAGCAAGUAAAAAAAAAAAAAACUAACUGGGAGAUUUCAUGUAUCAGCAAGACCUUUUAAGGGCUUUGGAAUAUAAAUUUUUCUCCCAGUCUGAAAAUGAUGUCAACUUCUUGUCAAAUUGGCUUUUUUUUUUCUUCCCAUCUCGUUACUCUAUGGGUCACCACAUGUUGAACUCCCAAGUCUCAGCAUUUUCCAGAAAUGUUUCUCUUUGAUAUAUUGACUUAUCAUACUGAUAUUGGGUGCAUGAACAGUUAAUGGAGGGGGAAGGUAGGGGAGGGCAAGGGCAGGGGAAACUGAAAACCUUGACUUAACUGAGUGAUUGAUUGAAUUCUGUGUUUUUAUUUUAUUUCUUUUUUUUUUCUGUUUUAAUGAGCGUAUGACAUCAGAUGAUCUAUAUUAAUAUAUUGUAGUUAGCUUGAAUAGUGUGAUUGCAUUCUAUUUAUUUUUUAUCGUUUGGUUGGUCUGUGCUGGAGGAUUGGCAGCAUGUGUCAGCAAAUCGUCAAGAUUUGCACUUAACCUCUUCAAUUAUAUUUAAGUAAUUCCAUCUUGAUUAUAUAACCAUUGAAUUUAAAAAAAGGAAAAAAGAAAAAAAAUACACAAGCUCCUGACAUGAUGGAGUAGAGUCCAGUUAAGCCGUUACAACUACAAUUGUGCAGUAAAACGUCCAUUGUUUUGGAGACAAAGCACAACGAAGUGUGUCAACUGCAGAGCACAAACCAAUGUGCCACACCUACUCAGUUUUGUUCAGCAUCUGGGUCAUUUGCAGUUUAUAUCUGAUUUGUAUAGCAGGCUCUCUGAAGAUAUUGCCUUGUUGUUCGAUGGAGGAGACGUUCUAUUUUAGUAUGGCAGUGUGUUCUCCUUGAAUGCCCUUUUCUGUUCUAUGGAGAGUGAAACUCCAUAUUUCUCUAACCACCAGCAGACCACUGACACAUGCUGAAUGAAAACUGACCUGGGUCGCAGUUACCCUACACGUUGACACGUCCGCUCAGCUAAAGUAACGACCGUUGCUACGCUACAGAGUUGCGUGCUGCGCUUUUACGAUGUGCUCCGAUUCAGACGAGUCCUUAACUACGAAGAGCGCUUCUAGCUAGCUUCUUCUAGGAAGAUCCAAUUUAAAUGCAUGUGUGCGGUGAAACAUAUGAGUUACUGUUUGGUAACCGACUGCACCGUUUGACAUGAAGCUGGAAUGUUUAAAAAAGCCACACAGCAGUAGCACAAUGCAUGGCUGGAACCAUAAGGUUCAAGUUAACAGGACUCUACAGUUUAUUUUCCAAAUGUAAAUACCAUAUGGCUCCUAUUCAUAUAGUAUAAUCUUAAUGUAGUUUUUUGCCAGGUGGGGGACUAAGGUGAAGAAUAGUACUAUGUGUAUAAAAGUGCUUUUCAUAAUUAUCCAGAAAAAAUGUGCCACAAAUGGCACCAAUUUCUGCAUCUUGUUCCCCUUUGAUUUACGAGUUAUUUACCACCAUCAUUUGCCCACGCAAAGUCCAAAGUAUGUUCAGUAACUGGCUCUACCAUGUCUCCUACCAGCCACGUGGCCUCUUUUCUACAAUACUAGUUAUAUCGUUAACAAGCCCCUAUAAGCUUUAUUAACCUUGCUGAAUUACACAGUAUCCCAGCCCGUGCUUUUAUCCUGUUACUGAAGUCUAUUCAUAGCCUAGUGAUAUUACUGAGAGUUUAAAAAAAGGCCUCUUGUGAGAUUGUAGAGGGACGUUUGAGGUAUCAUCUUUUCAUUAUCAAAAACUUUCCUUGUAAAUGUGCUUGAUCUUGAUCAUUAAAUAUUUAUGAAAGAGGUGCAGAAAAGUUUUGCAAGGAUUUUGCAGAGUGUGCAUUCUCAAAAUAAGCCAGUGUGGAAUUUGUUGCAGGUGAAGGACACUUGUAUACACCGAAUAUAAUGUUGGACCUGGUUUCAGUUCAUUGGAAAAUCGGGCUUCUUAAGGAUUCCCGUUUUAAGUCCUAGUGUUGGUGAUGGACACGCCUAAAUGGCUUUGUGACUUGGCAUGCCAACACAGAGACAGUUUACCAAGGACGGGCUGAUCAUCUAAAGCCCCAGACUGUUAUUUAAUCACCACUUGAAGAAAAUCGAAAAUAAGUUCAUGGGGAUUCUGAUGAUGAUGUAUAAGGAGAAUAAUUGUCAUAUUUCGGGGAACUUGUGCUUGGAGCUGUUCUGCAGUUUGGUAAUCCCUAAAAUGUAUCUUAUAUAUUCAGAAUAUUUGAGCUUGCCUGCUGGGUUGUGUACACAAUUCUGAGUUUUCUUUUACAGAUCCUUUAAGAGAAAAAAGUCCUUUACCAUGGGAUGAUUGUUCAGCUGUGUAAAUCAUGAGGAUUUCAUGGUUUACACUUUCUGCUAUCUAUUGACUGCUCAUAUCAACCCCCCCUACCCUCUAUUUUCUUAAUAAACAUGAGCAGUUUGAAUGUAAACCACCAGAAUUCACAUCAGCUGUUAUGUCAUGUAUUAAACCACUUAGCCCGGACAUUUGGGCGGAAGAUGGAGGCCCAGUUUCUUUACAUGUGAUUUGGGACAGUUGGAUCACUUAAAAAUGUUUUGACUGUUUGUGAUGAAGGACUUGGCACCAGCAAUUAGGGCAACUAUACCUGAAUAAUCUAGAUAUUAUCAAUAACAUAUACGUUUUUCUUCCUUCUGUUCUCUUUGCUUUGAUAGUUUUGAUGUCUUCAAUCCUGUCUUCAGCGCAACCCUUCAUAAUCAGUGUCUUCAUCAUACAAAGGUUUUGAUUGAUAAUAAUGAUGAACCUGUCAGUUGUGAUGAAUGUGGUUGAAAUGUCACUGCAGAAGUAAAGACAAAUGACGCUGACUUGAUUCAUUCUGUCUUUCGAGAUGAGCUUGAGGGACAUCGAAUGAAAUCUACAAUGUUCACAGAGCUGUAGUUCUUGUCCCUUGGCACUUCCAGUCCCCCAGAAACACCACCAGAUAUCUUUUUAUUUUGUUUUUUUCUUUCAAGAUUUAGGAUUGUAUGAUGUGUAAGAGUAAGUAUAAAACAAUAAAUUCACAAAGUUUAUUUUAAA